CUGACAAAGUGUCAACGUCAACGUCAACUUUGCAUUUAUUUUGUACUUGCGAAACUAUUACCGCUAUCUUACAAAAAGUUACUGUUCCGAUCAACUUUAGUUAAGAGUGCUGUUGCUGAUAAAUAAACCGCCGAACUCUAUUUUCCGGGUCCUGUUCAUCAAAAUGGUGCAGUUAGAAGCCAUGUCGAGAUACGUUUCCCCAGUAAACCCUGCAGUCUUUCCUCAUCUGACCGUCAUUCUGUUGGGUAUCGGAAUAUUCUUCACUGCUUGGUUCUUCGUCUAUGAAGUCACAAGCACAAAAUUUACACGAGACCUCUUUAAAGAACUGCUUGUAUCUCUUGUAGCAGCAAUAUUUUCAGGAUUCGGCAUUCUUUUUCUCCUGUUAUGGGUGGGAAUUUAUGUGUGAAAUGAGACUUAUAGGCUAUAAACAUAGGAUCUAAGGAACACAGUUUUAAACCUUGUGAAUAAAGACUUUAUUGAUUACUGCAUGAAACCUGAAGAGAAGAUGACAAUUAGUUUGUAUUGUUUUCGGUUUGCAGUUUUCCACGUUACUCUGUUUAUGGCUAUAAUUUCAUUAUAACAAUAUUCCUUAACUGUUUGAAGUUUUUAUAUGUUAGUUGUAAUAAAUUAAAAAUACAUUAAUUUGUAAAAGUUU